AUGAAGACGUUUACGCCGACGCUCGUCGCGCUGCUAAGCCUGUACGAGGAUGUACGUGCAUCCGUAGUGCCGCUUGGUCUGGAAGUAGAUGUUUCAGCUGUUCAAGGGAGAAACUCCCCAUCUUGCUGUGCAGCAUUGAAGAAUGCUGGUCUUAGCAACAUCUACAUGCAGGAUGAUGCCCAGUACAAGGCCCGCACGGAUUCGUACUGGUCGGUCAGCGCUCAGCUGGCCCCCACGUGUAUUGUACAGCCCGUCUCUACCCAAGAGGUGGCUACGGCUGUCAAGACACUCGGUGCCAACACUGGAUGCAGCUUUGCCGUAAGAAGCGGUGGCCACACCACCUGGGCCGGCUCCAACAACAUCAACAAUGGAGUGACGCUUGACCUGGGUCUUAUGAACCAGACUACCUACGAUGCGGCCGCCAGCCUCGCAAAGAUCCAGCCUGGAAACAGGUGGGGAGGCGUGUACGCAGCCCUCGAGCCCUUUGGAGUCACUGUUGCUGGUGGCCGAGCCAGCAGCGUCGGUGUUGCCGGAUUCCUUACUGGAGGAGGCAACACCUUCUUCACCGCUCAGCGAGGCUGGGGUUGUGACCAGGUCAAGAACAAUGAGGUUGUCCUUUCCAGCGGGUCGGUGAUCAAUGUCAAUGCCACGGCCAACAGCGAUCUAUUCCGCGCCCUCAAGGGUGGGUCUGCAAACUUUGGCAUUGUUACUCGCUUCGACAUGGAGACGUUCAAGCAGGGUAACCUCUGGGGUGGUACCAUGAGCUACUCCAAGAACUACACCGAGCAGCAGAUUUCUGCCUACACCGCGUGGGUGGACAACGUCGUCAACUACCCCGAGGGCUCCAGCAUCAUCUUCUGGAGCUACCUCCCUACUGUCGGCGAUGUUGUCAUCCUUUCUGCGUACGAAGACACUGCUGGAACCGUGAACCCCCCAGGCUUCGACAAGUUCUUGGCCAUCCCAUCCUUGUCCUCGACCAUGAGGUUGGCUAGCCACAAGGCCCUUACUGAUGAGCUCGAGCAAGCCACUGGAUACCGUGACAUCUGGUUCACCAUGAACUUCAAGAACAACCCCGUCAUCUUCAAGCACAUUGUUGAUGGCCACCAGAAGUUUGUAGACGAGUGGAAGGCAUCUACCACCGACCACGACUUCAUCACGCAGUGCAUGUUCCAGGCCAUCCCGACUGUUUUCGCCAAGCACAGUGCUGAGCGAGGCGGCAAUGUCAUGGGUGUUGAGAACAUUGGUGCCAACUCCAUCAUGCUCCUGUUUGACAUUGCAGUCAAGACCGCCGAUGCAGAGGUCCGCGCCCGCGCAUUGCUGAAGAAGUACACCGAGGAGUUCCAGACUUUUGCAGCUAGCCAGGGCGGACUGCCUGCCUGGCAGUAUCUGAACUACGCCGAUUCGUACCAAAACCCGCUGGGAGGCUAUGGCGCGGCAAACGUUGCCAAGAUCCGUGCAGCGGCAAAGAAGUACGACCCCGUUGGCAUGUUCCAGACUCAGUCUCCUGGUGGCUUCAAGAUCUCAAAGGUACCAGCGGGCAACGAGCGCGAGUUGUAA